AACUCAAAUAAUUUCCUCGCUUCCUCUUGUUUUGUUUUUAAUCUUAUUCAAGUGUUCACCAGUAUAGCUGCGUGUCUUGAAUUUUACUUUUUGUCUUAAAGUAGCAAGCUACGGGUUCUUUUUUUCUACGUCUUCUUCAAAAGAGUAACGAUGUCUGAGGAGGUGCAGAAGCACUCUGUCCACACGCUCGUGUUCAGGUCCCUCAAGAGAAGCCAUGAUAUGUUCGUAUCUGAUCACGCGAAGCCGGUUUCCAUGGACGAACUAAGUCAUAAACUGAAGAUGGAUGCCAAGCUUCGCGCAGAGUACGGCGCUGUUUUGCAUAUGCCCGUUUUGAAGGAGGGGAAAGACAAAGGCUCCCACCACACAUCUGACCAGUAUAAUCCACAGGCGUACCCCGCACUCACCGGCUCAGAUCCAGAGUAUCUCAUCACCGGAACCCAUCCUUAUCCAUCAGGACCUGGAGUGGCUCUGACGGCUGACACGCAGCUGCAGAAGAUGCCCAGUGAGGGCGCUGCACAUUCCCUGGCCCUGGCCCUGCCUCCAUCGCAAUCCAGACAGCAGGCUAACCUCACUGCCGCUAGCGUGGGGGACAUUCACCGACAUGCCGGAAGCGCGGAGAGAUCACAGCCUCCUCUACACGGCAUGUCUCUGGCGGAGGCGGGGGGAACGAAGGGCUCCACUCUGAUGGCCAGGAAGGCCCCGACCAUGCCCAAGCCCCAGUGGCAUCCCCCAUGGAAGCUGUACCGGGUCAUCAGCGGCCAUUUAGGCUGGGUGCGAUCCAUCGCCGUGGAGCCUGGGAAUCAGUGGUUCGUCACAGGGUCAGCUGACCGAACCAUCAAGAUUUGGGACCUGGCCAGCGGGAAGCUGAAGCUCUCCCUCACAGGCCACAUCAGCACCGUGCGUGGGGUGGCUGUCAGCUCCCGGAGCCCCUACCUCUUCUCCUGUGGAGAGGACAAGCAGGUCAAAUGCUGGGACCUCGAGUACAACAAGGUUAUCAGGCAUUAUCAUGGCCACCUGAGUGCUGUGUAUGGCUUGGACCUGCAUCCCACCAUUGAUGUGCUGGUGACGUGCAGCAGAGAUGCCACUGCCAGGGUUUGGGACAUCCGGACGAAAGCCAAUGUGCACACGCUGUCCGGCCAUACCAACACUGUGGCUACAGUUAGGUGUCAGGCUGUAGAGCCCCAGAUCAUCACAGGCAGUCACGACACCACCAUCAGGCUGUGGGACCUCAUUGCUGGAAAGACCAGAGCCACGCUGACCAAUCACAAGAAGUCUGUCAGAUCAGUGGUUCUGCACCCCCGAUUGUACACAUUUGCCUCUGGUUCACCAGACAACAUUAAGCAGUGGAAGUUUCCGGAUGGGAGCUUCAUCCAGAACCUUUCCGGUCAUAACGCCAUUAUCAACACGCUGGCUGUCAACUCUGAUGGAGUGCUGGUCUCUGGAGCUGAUAACGGCACCAUCCACAUGUGGGACUGGAGGACCGGGUACAACUUCCAGCGGAUCCACGCCGCUGUGCAGCCCGGCUCCCUGGACAGCGAGUCGGGAAUCUUCGCCUGCAUGUUCGACCACUCCGAGAGCCGGCUGAUCACCGCCGAGGCCGACAAGACCAUCAAAGUGUACAGAGAGGACGACACUGCAACUGAAGAAUCCCACCCAGUCAAUUGGAAACCUGAGAUCAUCAAAAGGAAGAGAUAUUAAAGUGGAACUAUGCUUUUAUUUUUCCCUCCGUUUCAUUCACAAAUGGCCAUCAGCUAAAAUGCUUGUUUCUUAUAUCCCAGAAUAAAUGUGUUUUUUUUAAUAUACAAGUUGCAGGAAAUGUUUUGUUGACUUUAUUAUAUAAAUUCAGAUUUACAAAAACUUUCACAUUUGCACAUUCUCCAUCUGACAGCCACCACACCAGAACUGCAGAAUUGUUCUCAAAAGGGAUGUUAAACAUCUUUUGAUUUAACCUGUGCUGUAGACACAGCUGGGAUUAAAAAUCCUUUACUCCAAAAA